AUGGCCCAGCAACAUCGAGAGAAUAUUUGGUAAGUUUAAUUUGAACUGAAAAUUAAUAUAAUAUCGAGAGUUUUGUGUAUGUAAUCGACUUCUAUAUUUUGUAGGAGAGAUCAAUUUAUGAGCGAACUGGAAAAUGACGAUGUCAAUCGCCAGCUUUGCGCCGUUGCUGCGGAUGAAAUGUUCGAGUCCUGGUCGUCGGAGACGCAGGAGCAGAUUUUGGCUGAAUGGAAUGAUUGGCGACGAGACGAAAACCCUGGACAUAGCUGUGAUGAAUGUGGCAAAACAUUUACACGAUCCAGCGACCUAAAGCGCCAUACAAAACGUGUACACACUGGAGAAAGAGCUUUUUCUUGCAACCAUUGUGACAAAUCCUUCGCUAGGAAAGAUAUGUUGAAACGUCACGAGAAAGUCCAUAGCAAGGAAAAAGUAUACGAAUGCCAUAGAUGCCACAAAAAAUUUGCUCGAAAGGUAUGUAGUACCGACAGUUUAUAUUCUAGCUGCGAUGUAUUUUAAACUAUUAUAUUUAUUUAUUAUUUUUCAAGGACAAACUGAAUAGGCAUAUGAAAAUGCACGAACGAAGAGGCGCCGAAAGGGAGUAUACUUGUAAUGAUUGUGGUGAGGUGUUUCGAAAUAUAUUCCCCUUACAAGCCCAUCAGCGUGAUGUCCAUCAAACUGGUGGUGGUAGACGUACUAAGACGCCGACCCGGCGAACGAAAAGGCAGAGAACUGAUGAACCAGGUAUGUAUAAAUGAAAAUAUUUUGAUUACUAACUUUGUAUUUAUACAUAUAUAUUUUUUCUUUUAAGAACCGCCGUCAUCUUCGACACGCGUUAACGAAGGUAAGAGAGUAUAUAUGCUGUGUAAUAAUUUGGGUUAAAAUCACACUAAUACAUUUUUUUCCCUUUUCAGGUGCUUCCACGUCUACAGUCGUCAGCGAAGGUAAGAAAUUCAUAUUUUUAUACCGUAUAUAGUAUAUUGAUUGUGGUGAUUUGAUGAAUAUAUGAACAAUGUUAAUUACUCGCAACCUCGGUUUUAAAACAUUGCCUGAAAUCCUAACGUUUACAUUUGAAAAAUAUUUUCAUGCUGUUUUCAUGUUGUUUCACUGAUGUUUGUGUUUUGAAAACCUGAUAAACAUAAUCGAGUAAUCUUUAAGCGUGGGUUUAUAGCGUGGACUGUUCCUAAUCAUUCAUAUUAGACUUAUGUUCAUUUGCUUUAGAACAAUUAAUUUAUAUCAUUGUACGAGCAUUUAAGCUACAUCAUUUUUAUAACAUUCCCUAGCGUUUUAUAGUGAGGUAAAAAUAAUCAAGUAAUUUUUAUAGCGUGAGUUUAUAGUGUGGAAUGUUCCUAAUCAUUCAUGUUAGACUUAUGUAACAUUCGCUAGCGUUUUAUAGUGAGGUAAAAGUAAUUUUGGUUGCGUGGGUUUAUCAUGUUGCUAUGUGAAAUUUGCAUGUUCCUAAUUUAUUCAUGUUAGACUUAUGUCAAUUUUUUUAUGAAUCGGGUGUUUGUAUGACAAAAUUAGUGCGAAGCUCUAGACAAAAAUAAAGAAUCGGGUGUUAUUUUCUAUAGGCCCCCAACCGUUCCCUCAAGAUCCCCUAUUACCCCCAUCUAACCUUCCUUCCCAACUCCACCGAGAUCAUUGGCGUGUUAUACGUACGCGACAAAGCCGAGGCAAUCGAGUGCAAGACUGGCAUAAUUAUCGUUUGAGUUCGUUGAAUAUGGGUCAACUUGUCAACGAUAUAGACCGUAUAUUUAAAGAUCAAUCGACCGUCUUUAAAUUGAAUUUCUCCUUUGGCUUUGUUUUGUUUAACAAUGACACAGAAUAACUGCAAUAUCACCACCCCUCAGCUAACAACAACCGUGUCUUCGACUCCCCAUUCCAGAUUAAUAACCGCGAAGAUUUGGUUCAAGUGCGUACAGCGUUGGAAAACAUCGACAUUCAUGAAUGGGCUCGACAACAGCGUCCCAACUCCAAAUGGAUUGUCAUGGAUUUCACCAACGCUACUUUCUACGCCACCAAACUUCGAGACCAUCCCAUAGGUCGAAGUGUCCGACUACCCAAAUACGUAUUGGAUAAUCCUGCCAUUGUGUCGCUCGACUGUGAUAAAAACACUGGCUUGCCAUACGAGGACAAACUAUGCCUCUUUCGUUGUUUGCCCCAAAACACCGUGGAUGUCACCCCAAAAAUUUAG